AUUUACACUUUCUAUUUCCCCUUUUUGCAGUCAUGCAUGAGUGUCGUGUUGAAUGCGAGAUAAGCUUCUGUUCUGCCUCCAAAUAUGAAUAAUAUCUGAGCGCGGAGCUGCAGGUGAAGCUGACAUCGUGAGGCUCAGACGAUCAUCAUUUCAUGAGCUUCUCUGAGUUGUCUCCAUCAUGGAGGCGAUGGGGAAAUAUGACUUCAGCGCCACAGCAGAGGACGAGCUGAGCUUCAGGAAGGGAGAUACAAUCAAGAUUUUAGGCACCAAUGAUGACUGGUUCAAAGCAGAAAUAAAUGGCAUGGAGGGAUUUGUUCCUCGGAAUUACAUCAACAUCCACUUUCCAAGCUGGUAUCAGGAGAACACCAGCCGCCACUCAGCACAGGAAGAGCUGAUGUAUCAACCAUUCGGAUCCUUCCUCAUCCGAGGCUCCCAGAGUGCACCGGGAGAAUUCUCCAUUUCAGUCAGACAUGAGAGUGACGUGCAGCACUUUAAAGUGAUGAGAGACCGGCGUGGUCAGUAUUAUCUGUGGAACGAGACCUUCAGCUCCCUCAACAGACUGGUGGAGUACUACACACAAAACUCCAUCUCCAAGCAGAGCCGUGUCUUCCUGCUCACAGAGCAGCGGAAUGCACCUGAUUUCCCGCACAGGAAGUCUGCUGAGCUGCCCCCCAUCUCUCAGGAGAGACACAAUUACAGAACACCAGCUCCAGCCUGUCCUCGCCCAGCUGAACCCUCGCCACCACCCCCACCACAGGCGUCUGCGCUGCAGGUUCGGGCCAUGUAUGACUUCUCUGCCCAGGAUGCAGACGAGCUGAACUUUCACGCUGGAGAUCUUAUUGAGGUUUUAGAUCAGUCCGAUCGUUUCUGGUGGAAAGGUGUUCUGCGCGGGAGAACCGGACUCUUCCCUGUCAACUACACCAAUCCUGUCUGAGGAGCCGUGACAGACGUUUGGCUCAAAAUCCUUUUCAACUAUAAUAAUGAUUUAUGAACACAUUUAUAUUACAUAUUUUUUUUUCAACUGCUUACACACGAAAUCUUUUCUUGUCACACAAUUUCU